GGCCUCACAAUAACAAUGCAUUUCAAGGAGCACACACGCGCCAAGCCAUGUUUUUGUUGCCGUGCAGCUAAUGCCAACGUUCGAGUCGUUUAACUGUUUAUCCUGCACAAUAUACAACUGUUGAUACGUUUCCGAGAUAUUAUCGUCCUUUUAAAAUUAACGUUUUUAUUUAGAGGAAGUCGAAUUUGAUAUGCAGUCGCUCAAGGCGUUGUGUUAGCUGGUUAGCAUCAGCAGGCUAACUGAAGCUCCGUCGGAAACGUUAGAAAAAAACAAUCGACCGGAAGAAACAGCGGGGGAUUUACUAACGUCAGUUACUGCCUGUUCUGAGUUUGACGAGGUUCGAGUCCGGGAGACGUUGAUGGGACGCGACGUUUUGGAAGCGACACCACCUACUAUUUCCCCUUCACACCGACCGGGAAACUAGCCCAGAGAGGUUGAGACAGUCAGAGGCAGCACAAGUGCCUCCGCUGAACCCUUUCCUUUUCCCAGAGUGUGACUGGUCUGCUGGACGUCACCAAUGCGACCAUGGGAAAUAGCAGUAAAUAGGCUGCCAACAACAGCCCCGCUCAACCCCCGCAGGUUCCUCGGCGAGCCGUGUAACGCCCCGGUGCAUCUCAGGAGAAGUCCACCAGUGAGGCGUCAGUGGGGGAGACAGCACACGUCCCUGGUCCAGGAUGACUCGUUCCGUCACCUGCUCUUCCCCCAGCAUCACCAACAGGUCCCUUUAGAUGACUCCAGACCGUACGCACACACCAGCGCACCCCCACGCAUGCUCCACCCUGCUGCCCACCCUGCUGCCCACCCUGCUGCCCACCUGCCCCAGCAGAGUCCCAUCAUGGUGGACCUACACGAGCAGAUGCACCAGGGAUCGGUUCCGAUAUCGUACACCGUGACGACGGUGACCACCCACGGAUUCCCCAUCCACUCCGGGCAGCCCCUCCCAGGCUGCAGCGCUCAGCAGCUCCCAGCAUGCUCGGUAAUGUUCAGCGGACAGCUCUCUCUGCUCUGCUGCCUUCCUCCUCCUGUGAGUUUGAAAAGGAAGAACGUCAGUUGCAUCAUUGUAACACAUCUGCACCUCAUAGGAAGUGACCAGUCAGUGGUCAUGCCCCCGCCCCCCUCNCCCCCCCACCAGCCUCCACACCUGGGUCCUCUGAGCCAGUUUGUCCCUUUACAGCCGCAGCACCCGCGCAUGCCUCUACAGAGGGUGGAGAAUGAAGUGGACCUCAGGGGGGAGCAGCACCCACUAGGGGGCGUGGCCUACCCCCCCUCUCACCACCCACCAGCGCCGCCUCCUUCUCUGCCCAUGCAGUAUCUUCACCAGGAGCAUCUCCAUCAGGAGCUUCCCUUUGGAGUGCCAUUUUCUCACAUGCUGCCCCGGAGAGUGAUUGGUCAGAGAUACAGGCUGCAGCAGCCCCUGCCCCCACCUCCGCCCCCCCCUUCUUACCCCAGCUUCCUCCCCUACUUCCUGUCAAUGCUUCCUCUGCCUCCCACAGCAGUGGGUCCAGCCAUCAGUCUGGACCUUGACGUGGACGAUGUGGAGCUGGAGAACUACGAGGCUUUACUGAAUCUGGCCGAGCGUCUGGGGGAGGCCAAGCCGCGAGGACUGACGAAAGCCGACAUUGAACAACUUCCUUCUUACAGAUUCAACCCAGAGAAUCAUUUAACUGAACAGACGCUUUGCGUCGUGUGCUUUAGUGACUUUGAGUGUCGGCAGCUACUUCGUGUCUUACCCUGUAACCACGAGUUCCACGCCAAGUGUGUGGACAAAUGGUUGAAGACCAAUCGCACUUGUCCGAUCUGCCGAGCCGACGCGUCGGACGUGCACCGUGAAGCGGAGUGACGUCCGUCUCUGAACUGAGCGCUGAGCUGGAACGCUGCACACUCCAGAACCUGCCCCACAGCUUGGGACACCUGCCACCUUAUCUGCAUCCUCUAGUAGAUUAUCGCUUCCGGAUUUCCCCCCCACCCCAGAAGAAAAGCAGGAAUCCUGGGAUGUUUUUGGAGCCUGUCGUUCCUCGGCUCGGCUCAGCUCCGCUCCACUGCCUGUCAGACGGCGUUCUGGGAUCGCAGCACCGUCUCUGUCCGUCAGAUUCCAAAGAGUUUUGUCCGUGCAGCACAUCAUUCCCUGCUGUGUUUACAGGGUUUCAUUUUCCUUAGCGAUGGACGUCCUGGUGUUUGAGGACCGCGGCACCGAGGAUCGUAGCAGAAAACGAGUCGAACUGCGGCAGGAGUCGACGCACCGUUGAUGGAGGUCGUGGGCAGAUUGACUUGUUGACCUGUGUUCUGCAAUAAUAUAUCUAU